GAAGGCAAAAGGGCAAGUUGGGCAAGUUGGACUGGCUGAGGAGAAUAGGAAGCUGGGAAACGAUCAAAAGUCGGCCCUCUUUAUACUUUGAGAUUGUGAUCGAUAGAUGUGUGCUGUACGAAGCGCUUGAUGCUGCUGCGCUCACGACUGGAUGGGCCACUCUGAGGCGUAGGCACGCGCGGCCGGCCGAUCUGCCGAAGUCAAAAGAAUCCAUCUCGUACAUGCUUUCCGCCGAAGAGCAAUCACGCUACUUUAGCUCUGGCGUAGCAUUGCGAACUUGCAUUCUGAAAGCUUGCGAUGCUCGGCCCGUAUGGGAAGUGACCGCUGCUCGAGGGUGGAGAAGGGGCUCGAACAUUCAGGUCGUGGUAAUGUUUGCAGUGAUCAUGGGCGCCCCCCUGCAUGAAGCGGCGCCUAUCGCACCGGAUGCUUUGGACAUGCGCGGGCUGUGUGCCGGAAUGGAUUGCUCGAGCACUUGCGUUUCUAAGCGAAGCGCAUGAAUAUAUGCCUAUAGAUGUGAUGGUUUGGGAGGGAUC